AGGAUUAUUUUUUGGGGAGUGGCGCUUAUUAGUCGGCACUGCCCUAGUUUAGAGCCCUGCCUUUGGGGUUUCCUGCACAGAUUGCAGCUUUCUGCUGGGAUUUCGGGAUGUCACGGCGUUUUAGUGUUGGGUGUCAGAGGGGAUCCAUGCUGAGGUCCUGCGGUGCCCCUGCAGCACCUGCUGGGCGAUGGCAGAGGAGACUGUGUCUGGGGGUGGGACGGAGAAACGAAACGUGACUGAGAUCCUGUUUGGAUAUUCUGCUGAAGUUGUCAUGUUUCUGUUCAGUACACAGCAAGUUGAUAAACCCGGUUGUAGUUACUUGGUGUUGCAAGGUGUUUGGCUAACUAGUAGACCAGGGGUGAUGUGGUUUGGCUAAGAAUGUUUGGGAUAUCCCAAGCAUCUGUCGUCUCCAACGUAUCCCUCUCGGCAGGCUCAUCUUUUUCUCUGUUGCAAAUAUUCAAGUAUGAGAAUAAUGCUGCGGUAACACAGGCCUGAAACCGAGAAGUGUUUUCAAAAGAGCAAAGGUCCAGGUAGGCAGAUAGGUAGGGUGGGAGAAUCACCCUUGAAAACCAGUUACCCUUACAGAUUCUUAGCUUUUUUUGUAAUGCCUUAGAUAGAAAGAUAGCCAUAGAUGUUGCCAUCUAUAAGGUUUGUGGUUCUAAUUUUCUUAGAGCAUAUUUUAGCGGAAGCAGUAUCACAUACAGUGGUCUUAUGGUCAUUCCUAUGAUCUUUCAGCACAUCUUGGAUUUUAAUAGCUGGGGUCUGUUUUAAAUGGAGCACAUAUACUUGUGUUCUGCUUAUCUUGGAGACAACCCUGAGUCAUGCUUUGUAGAAGUUAUGAGAGCUCACGUGUCUGUUGUGUCUGUGAGUGCUGGGACAUCCUUUACCUUUAGUUCUUCCCAUAGCAGCAUCCCCUGCGGGAACUCCUGGGAAAGGAGGGCCUGGGCGACUGGGAGCACAGACUGACACAUCCACAUCCACGUUUGCCCACUCUGCCUGACUUUGAUACUCUAAUUUUGUUUAUGCUUCCAGGAGUAAAGAGCGAUUUCCUCAGGUUCUCCUUUACUCCUCGGUAGCUCUUCUCUGCUGGGAGGGUGCACAGUGACUUCGGAAAGUCAUUGCUGCCCUGCCAGUCAGUUUUACCUGCUGUGUCUACUUUGGGGAAAGGUCAUAAUAGCCCAUUUUAGUGGAAACUGAGGGGAAAUGGGAUUUUGUGAUUUUUUUCUUUUCUUUUCUUUUCUUUUUUUUUUUUUUUUUGGAUUCCGACAACACUUUAGCUGGAGAGUGUGUGUUCUGUUGGUUUGGUUUGAUAAUUUCUUGUAAGACUUUCUACUUCUGCCUUCAGCUCCUUUCUUCUAGCCCACAUGGUUGAGAGAGGAGGAGAAAGAGAAAAAAAUUCAUCUCUGGUUUAGUUAUCAGUAAUUUAGUUUUAUAAUCCCAUUAUCCUGUGUGUUUGGCAACUUGUGCUGGCCUGUAUGUGGAUGUUAACUCAGACAACUCCUUUAGAUGCCACUGAACCAACUACUAUAAAAAGUAUUUCACUUUCAAACACCCACGUUUCCCAGAACAGAGAAACUCACUACAAAGGCAAUUUGGAAGGUAAGUAUAGGUGGAGAAAAUUUACUGAAUCUUCCUUUUGGGAUACCAGGCACAAAGGUCUCAGUAGAAGAGCACUUGAAAGGGCCACCCAGAAACACUGGGAAGGAAGUGAUUACAGUGGUAUCAUUACUCCUUCAAAUUUGGAGGUUUGCAUUACAGCACAUAAACUGUUGCAUGGGAGUAGGACUUUUGCCCUGGGGGAGCCUCAGUCUAUAGGAUAAGUAAGUCUACAAUAUUUGUGUUAAUUUACCAUAGCUCCUGACAGCAGCUAUGCUGUGGUGAGAAGGAUACCUCUGGGGAUUUUCAAAUGCUUUGAGUUGUUAGCUUACUGACUUGUGCAUUCUUCAGAUUCACUGGGGCAGUCAGUUCAUAAUGUCUUUCAGGCUUCUAGAAAUUCUUCAGGAUAUAUUUUUCUUAACUACCUAGCAUGCUAUCAGAGUUUAUAUAAUAACCUUUGAAGCCUAAGCAUAGGGGACUUCAGGGUCACCUUAUAGUCUUUGGGCCAUGAAUUUUAUUUGUAUCAAAGGUAAGGUAUUUUCAGGUGAACUGAUUUUACAAAGUCAAAAGGCCUUUCUUUGAACUUUAUAAUUGUUUGGUUGUAGUCACUGCCCUAAGAAUGAUCUUUAGUGAGGGAAGUACCUUUAAAGGAAUGCGAUGAGGAAUGUCUCACAGAUUUUUAUGAAAAAGUAUUUCUUGACAUUCCCCUCAAGUAAAACAGGCCUGUUUGAUGCCCACUUGAAGGCCUUCUUUUGUCUGGCUUGUGGUUAUUUAAACUUCUCAUUAAGUCCCCUCUUGAGAUUGGUCGGAUGGGAGAGAAGAUGAAAAGGAAGUGAAUUGUUAGCACCCCUGGGAAAGGGUUCAGUGGGAGAGACUGAAGCUGUUCUAGAAAGUCUUUUGGGUUGCGUUUUAUUGCAUCCAUGUCUGAGAUGUCUCUGAUAGUCAUCGGUUCAGAACCUGGCUGUUGGGUAAGCAAGAGUCUUGCCUCGCUCUCUGUCUCUCAAGUUUUGUAGAGAUGCUCUUCUGUAGCAGAUGUUUACAAGCAAGGUGCAGAGAUCAAUUUUAAGUGAAUCAAGACUACCUUUUUUUUUUUUUUACUUUUUGAGUUUAUUAUUGAAGAAUUUAUUUAUUUUUUUAGGUAUCUUAAUUAUAUUGGAAGUGACUAGUAGUGACUGUCUCAUUUUAUUUUGAUGUAUCUUACAUACAUGUAUAAGGCUCUGUGAUCCUGGGCUUGGAUCAUGGAGCUAGCGUGAUAGUAAAAGGCACACAUAAUAGCAUGAGUGCCCCAGCCUCCAACCCCCACACACAAGGAAAAGGAGGGGGGGGAAGAAAGGGAAGGAGAAAGGAAGAAAAGAAGGCAGACAGGAAGGAAGGAGUGUACAUUCCCAUGACUGCUUUCCUUGACUAUUAUGCUUGAGGUCCAUUAUAUGUUUGUAGCCAGACAUUGACUUUUAUUGUGGAAGGGAUUCAGAAACAUCUAAAUUUUUUUUUCUGUUUUGUUUUAAUGUUUGCACAAGAAGUUAUCUUGUUUUGAUUUAAAAGUGAAGACGUAAAUAUGAAAGGUUAGUCCUGGCAUAGUAGCAGUGGCAUUGUUGUCUGAUAAUUUUCUUAUGUUUUGGGCUUCCAUUCUUCACUAGCCAUUUGAAUGUUCAUGAACUGGAACUCUUCCUUUGCUUAAGAUGGACAGCAGCCAUUAGUCACACUAAUGAGUAGGUUCUUGCCAUUUUUAUUUAGUAGUGGAAAUUUUUUCAGACUCAUUAUGACUAGUUAGCCUAAGUUUUUGUAAUAUUGUGAAUAAAGUGUCGGGUAGAUGGGGUUAAUAGUUGGCUACAGGGAGUAUAAAGUUGAUGCUUUUCAGUUUCUUGUUUUAUUUGGAUUUUGUUCUUUGAAUUUUUACUAUAGGAGGGGCUUUUGGAAAACUCUAGACUAGGAGUCAGAAAACACAAGCUUGUUCAGGUGUUCCUGCCUCUUUGUUUUAUAACUAAAUGGGGUGUGCUCACCAGUGGAAAGACAGUUACAUCUGCUUGAUUCUAGAGUCUUCUCAGGUUGUGCACAUUUUCUUUCAGUGUCCCACUGAGUGAGCUAUUUUCUGAAGCCCUACAUUUUCCCAUUUGGAGCCUAGGUCUCUUCCUCCUGAGGACUCCGCCAGUCCAUCCUAUUACACAGCAGUUUGGAAUUACAUUGUGGGCUUUAGUUGUUGCAUGUUGCCUUUGUAGUCUGAAGGCUCCAAGUCAAGGUUAUACUUUCUUAUUCCUGUGUAUCUGUAUUUCACAUGGGCUCCCUCAUCCCAUGAUAGUGGACCUAAAGUAAAUUUUGUUUGAAUGAUUAUUGAGGCAGUGGGGAAAGAAUGCUUUGAGUCUUGGGAAAUGCCUUUUAACUUACUCCAUCAUUGAUUUGUUAUUAUCAGUAAUGAAACCAAAACCUUCCAUUUCCAUCUAUCACAUGAGGUUUGUGGAGUAAAUCAGAGAAUGAAAAGGUAAAACAGCUCUGGUUUUGCAUUUGCUCCAUUUCGCUAUAGUACAUGGAGGCCUGAUCAUCCAUAUCUAGCUGCUGAGAGUAAAGGAUGACAGCUGACGCAUCUCCUCAGUCCACAUUUUAGCUUGUUUGCUUUGAAGAAUUUGUAAAGAAAGGUAGAGAAAUAGCUGCUGCAGGCUCUGAUUUCAGCCCCUGCUGUGCUAUGCAAAUGUUCUCUACAUGCCUGAGUGACCUUUUGAGAAAGAGCCUUUGUGAUCUUCUGUAGCCAGAGCUUGUUCUUGUUCUGAAAAUGCGGACCAGAUUCUGCUAAAAGUAGGAAAAAAAGGAUCUUCAAAGACCACAUACAAAGCUGGUGCUUUUCCUGGGUGAAGGAUGAUAGGUCCAUGUUUCUUGGCAUCUUUGCUAGCAAUUUUGAAAUUUGCUCUGCAGUUUGCUUUGCAGGUUGAUUUUGGGAACAGAGUGUGUGAGACGGAACUGAUGAAGGCAGUUGAGUAGCUGGGGAACUGUGGCAUGCUCUGGAAUUGGAGAUAAAAGCAGACUGAAGCCGGCAUCAUUAGCACACAGGCCUUUGCUAGUGGCCUAAGACUGGCUUUCCAUGGUGCUGGCUGAGUGACCCUCAGCCAGGUCUGUAAUGUUCUUUUUAUACCAAAUUGUGCCUUAACAAUUUAAAUCAGUUUCUGUUUGUUUUGAUUAAUGUACAAAGAGAAAUACUUCAUUAUUAAGUCUGAUUGGUUUUUGUACAUUACAAAAUAAUAAUAUCCUGGUGUUUUUCUCUUGGGAAGUGACGGUUACUUUUGAAGCUCAUGAUAUUCAGUGUUUUCUGAGAUGCUUGGUUUACACAACUGACCUGCUUGCCAAUCCAAAGAAAUCUUCCCCCCUUUUACCUCCAAUGACUUUUUUAAUGUAGAGCAUUUUAUAGGUCUGAAUCAAUGUAAGGUUGUAGACCUAAUCAUAACAUUCCCUGAAAAUCUAUAUUAUAUUUUCCAAGAACAGUGGCAUCAUUUGUCAGAAUUUCGAUUAUAUGUGGUGGUGCAUGUGACUGUGUGUGUGGAGGUCAGAGUAUAACUUAUGGAAGUCAGUUUUCUCUUUCCACCAUGAAGAUUCCCAGGAUCAAACUCAGGUUUUCAGAAUUUUCCUGGCUUCUGGGCUCCUGAAGACGCAGUGCUGGAGCAGAUGGAUAAUGGAGACUGGGGCUAUAUGAUGACUGACCCAGUCACGUUGAAUGUAGGUGGACACUUGUACACAACAUCCCUUACCACAUUGACGCGGUAUCCAGAUUCCAUGCUUGGAGCUAUGUUUGGGGGGGACUUCCCCACAGCCAGAGACCCUCAAGGCAAUUACUUCAUUGAUCGAGAUGGACCUCUUUUCCGAUAUGUCCUCAACUUCUUACGAACUUCAGAAUUGACUCUCCCCCUGGAUUUUAAGGAAUUUGAUCUGCUUCGGAAAGAAGCUGAUUUUUACCAGAUUGAACCCUUGAUUCAAUGUCUCAAUGACCCUAAGCCUUUGUAUCCUAUGGAUACUUUUGAAGAAGUUGUAGAGCUGUCUAGUACUCGGAAGCUUUCUAAAUAUUCCAAUCCUGUGGCUGUCAUCAUAACCCAAUUAACCAUCACCACCAAGGUCCAUUCCUUACUAGAAGGCAUCUCAAACUAUUUCACCAAGUGGAAUAAGCACAUGAUGGACACCAGAGACUGCCAGGUUUCCUUCACCUUUGGACCAUGUGAUUAUCACCAGGAAGUCUCUCUCCGGGUCCACCUGAUGGAAUACAUUACAAAGCAAGGUUUCACAAUCCGCAACACUCGAGUGCAUCACAUGAGCGAGCGGGCCAAUGAAAACACAGUAGAACACAACUGGACUUUCUGUAGACUGGCCCGGAAGACAGAUGACUGAUUAUCAGCCUUGGGGAGAACAUCCUGUAAGCUCAUGUUUUUUGGGGGGACAUGGAAGAGACUGUUGUUUUUUAAAUCAUAGUGUGCCCCCCUUUUAAUAUUUGUAUUUAUUUGAAGGCAUUGAGGACCAGAAGGAAGUUUCAUGUGUGAACGGUCUUUUCCCUGUUUUGUUCCCAAGUAUGCAUGUGCUGUUCAGAGUCCAGAAACCUUUUUUUAAAAAGAGAUCUGAAAAUCAUUAUGAUAUAUAAUCUACCCUUAACAGUGCUAAAAUGAUUUCUGAUAAUGUGGUCCCUAACUCAACUGGAAGGCUAAAAAUAGUAAUGAAAGUUUAAGCAGACUAUUCGUGAUGUCUUUGAAAAAAAAAUCAGAAUAUCAUGUAGGGUGAGCUCGAUUCCAGACCAGUAGGCAAGUAGUGUUUUAAAGGAAAACUGGCCAGUCAUCUGCCAGUACUUGUUAAGGACUGCUUCCUACAGUUUUGACAACUGUUUCUUUCUAUGCAUAUAAAUCAAGCAACCAAAUAUCUGUAGCCAUUGAAAUGUCUGAUUAGAAAUAUUUAUAUUGGAUUCUCAAUAUAAAAUGUCCCUGUGGUAGAAACCUUAUGCCUGGUACAGUUUUAUUCCCAAGUGUACUGUCUACCAGGAAAGAAAAAUCUAAUAAAAAAUGGAGUAUGAACAUUAAGGGUUGUAUUUAUUGCUGUAUAAUGGGGAAAUCAUAUUCUUUGUCAAAAGUAUGCAUUGCCUAUGCCUCAAUUAAACUGUUUAUAGCACA